GUGGUAAUUUAUCAGGCAUCAUGAAGAUUUUUGCGUUUGCUCUCGUGCUAUCUUUGGGCCUGGUUCUGGGCAUUGAAGUAGACACUGCACCAGAGGUGCCAUCGGAACUAGAGCUUCAAGCAGAUCAAGAAAUUGCAGAACAUCCAGAUAACGCUGAUUUGGACAAUGCCAUUGAAGAUCACGAUCGGCCAGACGUUGAUUCGGAUAUCGCAGAUCCAUCAGAACAUAACGAAGAACAAGACACAGCUCCUGAACCGCAACAAGAAUCGGAGCCCAAUCCACAGGACAACGAACAGGAAGAUGCUGCCAAAGAAGAGGAAGCAGAUGAAGAAGAGGAUAAUGAGCAGGAACAUUCUGAUUCCGAUGAUUCCGAUGAAAGCGAUGAAGAAGAAGACGACCGUUUGAUCGCAGAAGAAUUGGAAGAACGUCAAAAGGAAUUGGACUAUCUCAAACGGUACCUGAUAGGGCGGCUUCUGCCAAUUAGAGUUCGUCCUUCUAUCAUUCGACGCCCUUGGAUCCCUCGUCCUUGGAUCCCUCAUCUUAGGAUCAGGCGCCCAAGACUAAUGGUCUAAGCUUUUAAACCAAUUUCUGACAAAAACAGCAGAACAGUUGCUGAAGCACACUUAUGUAAAACGAUGCAAUAAACUUUCACACUUUCCCUGCAAUAAUUUGUUGAUCUAAAACCCGCUGAA